AAAGUACCUCUACAAUGCCCCCUCUCUUCUUCACUCGCCUCAGUCAUUUCGAAGUUGAUUCAAUAAAACGCUCGCAAUGGUCCUGAACAGGUAACUAGUCGCGAUUUCUUUUUUUCUUCUUUUUACUCGUCGUGAGAGUCGUGGACUGCAGUGAUCAUGGGAGUGCAUGGACUGUGGAGGCUGCUGGAGACCACGGGGAAGCCCAUCAACCCCGAGACCCUGGAGGGAAAGAUCCUGGCCGUCGACAUCAGCAUAUGGCUGAACCAGGCCGUGAAGGGGGUGAGGGACCGCGACGGCAACAGCGUCCAAAACGCCCACCUGCUCACUCUCUUCCACCGCAUCUGUAAGCUGCUCUUCUUCCGCAUCAGGCCGAUCUUUGUGUUUGACGGGGACGCGCCGCUGCUGAAGAGACAGACCCUGGCGGUGAGGAGGCAGAGGAAAGAGGAGUUGAGCCGGGAGUCCAAAGAGACUAAUGAGAAACUCCUGAAGACGUUCCUGAAGAGACAGGCUGUCAAAGCUGCACUUGGAGACCACAGUAAGGAUCCUCUUCCCAGCCUCUCCACUGUGAGGAGAGAUGAGGUUGACGACAUGUAUGUUCUACCGGCCCUGCCAGCUUCAGAGGAGGCUGAAAAAAGCAGUUCAGAGGAGGACGAGGAGUUGGAGCAGACGGAUGACGGCUAUCAGAUGUAUCAGGGAGACUCGCACGGGGACCCAAACUCCGUGGACAUCAACUCGGAGGAGUUCACCGGCCUGCCUCCUGAAAUGAAACACGAGAUACUCAAAGACAUGAAAGAGUUUGCCAAAAGACGCCGUACCAUGUACCACAAACCCCCAGAGCGGUCAGGAGAAUUUUCCAACUACCAGUUGGCCGGCCUGCUGCAGAGGAACCACCUGAAUCAGCGUCUGCGCGGCGUGGAGAAAGAGAUGAGCCAGCAGAGCGCCGGCGGCGCUCCGCAGCUCGGCCAACGCGACGGGGAGGAGCAGGGUCGCAGCGUGGAGUCCCAGCGGCUGGUUUCAGAGGACUACUCUCACUACAUCCUUAUUAAAGGCUCCAAAACGAAGGAGGCGGCGCCCGAGAGCCGACCGGCAGCUGCGGCUUGGUCCGGCAGCUCGGCGGCAGGCGGCUCCAGGCGAGCGGCAGACCGGCCCGAGCCCCUGUGGCGUCCGCCCUGUGAGGCAAAGGCACAAGUGCCGGGUCCGUCGUCCGCGGAACCCAAAGCCUCCGCGUCCCAACCGAGCCGGGGAGACGCGUCGCCGCCCUCGCCUCGUACACUGGAGGCGAUCCGGGCUGCGAUGAACGACAGCUCAGAGGAGGAGGAGGAGGAGACGGCGGACCGGGACCAGAUGGAUGGCAGCGUGUCCCCGCGUACCCGGCUGGCGAUCCAACGAGCUCUAGCUGAGGAGGAGGACACCGAGCACAGGACUCUGAUCUUUAGCUCACCUGCUAAAGCGCCGGCCGACAUCCGUCGCGCUGUGCCGCCAGUUGUAGUCAGCAGCUCCGAGGAGGAGGGCGAACCCGAUGGCGGGAUGCUGCCUCGUGAGAACCGUGACUUCACGGGGAACCCCGCGGUCCGGGGUUUGCAGGUGAAACGCAGUUUGCUCGCCGGCGGCUCCGGAGACGAGACGGGGGCCGCAGUUGUUCGGAGAACUGAAGCGACGGCGCAAAAGCCCAACGACAGAGGAGCGGACUCGGAACAGAAAAAACAGUCGACAGAGGAAACGCGGCGGGGAAGUAGAGGCCACACGGAGAAACAACAAGCGCCGACCACAGAGGCGAACUGUGCUGCUGCCUUCGGUCGGAACACGUUGUCCAGCAAUCUCUCUGCUCAGCCAGGUGGGGAACCCCUCAGCGGGGAGGCCCAAAAGCCCCCCGGGCCGUUAAAGCAGAGGAGCGACGAGGCGGUCGAGGCCGCGGAGGAGAGGAAAGGAGACGACGUGAAGUCGGAGGGCCGUGAGGAGAGCGAGUCAGAAGAGAGCUUCAUCGAGGUGUCGGACGAAGAAUUGAAAGAGGGCGGUGCAGACGGUUCACUUGUAAUGGCUGGACAGAAAGGAUCUCCACCUGAGGCCUGUAAAGAUGAGACCAAGCCAGAAGAAAGACCAGAGGACGGUUUGGAGAAGGCUCUCAGUCCAGCUGCUGCUUUGGAGGAGGAGGAGGAAGAGGAGGAGGAGGAAGAGGAGGAAGAAGACGACACAGAGAGACAGACUGAGUUAAAGGACGGAACAGAGACAGAAUCCACCUCAACUCACGCAAUAAAUGAAUGGGAACACUUUGACGUGGAGGAGCUGGAGGCUCUGGAGAGCUCUCUGCAGGUGGAGCAGAGCAACCUGAGGGAGCUGAAACAGCAGCAGGAGAGGAUGGCGAACACGGUCACCGGGCAGAUGCACCUGGAGAGCCAGGAGCUGCUGCGGCUGUUCGGCGUGCCGUUCAUGGUGGCGCCGAUGGAGGCCGAGGCGCAGUGUGCCGCGCUGGACCGCGCUGACCACACCAACGGGACCAUCACGGACGACUCGGACGUGUGGCUGUUUGGGGGGAGACACGUCUACAGGAACUUCUUCAGCCAGGACAAAUAUGUGGAACACUACCAGUACAGCGACCUGCAGAACCAACUGGGUCUGGACAGGACCAAACUGAUAAACCUGGCGUACCUGCUGGGAAGUGACUACACAGAGGGCGUUCCGGGGGUCGGAUAUGUGACUGGCAUGGAGAUACUGAAUGAGUUCCCAGGGUCCGGCCUGGAGCCACUCACACAGUUCAGUGAAUGGUGGUCCGAGGUUCAGGAGAAGAAGCGCCUGGUGGCUGAUCCUCGGGACACGAAGGUUAAGAAAAAGUUGAAGGCUCUGAAACUGUAUCCUGGUUUCCCAAACCCGGCGGUGGCUCAGGCUUACCUGCAACCCGCCGUGGACCAGUCGGAUAACUUCUUCAGCUGGGGACGCCCGCAGCCCGACUUGAUCAAAGAAUAUCCUUUCUAUGUGUUUGUGUGUCUGUGCGUGUCCAUCACAGCGUCACGCCUCCUUAACCGGCCUUUUACAUUCUGUCUCAAUCGCUUCGGCUGGAGCAGCCGGAGGACGGAGGAGGCUCUUAUGCCCGUGAUCAAGCAGCUCAGCAGCCAGCAGACUCAGCUGCGGAUCGACUCGUUCUUCCGCAUGGAGCAACGGGAGAAGCAGGCGAUUCGCAGCGAGCGUCUGCGCAGAGCUGUCACCUGCCUAAAGAGAAAGGAGAGGAGAGAAGGAGAGGAGGAGGAUGAAGAGGGGGGCAGCGGCGAGGAAAGGCCGUCCCCAUCCACAGCUAAGAAAGGCAAGGCGGCAAGCAAGAGCCCAAAGGAGGGAGCGGAGCCGCGGCCUGUGGCAGGAGGAGGCUUCCUGGGAUCGCAGGCGAUUCUUGAAUCACCUCUCCCAUCGCUGAAGGAGGCGAGCAGCACCCGCCGGGAGUCUCGCUCGGCCAAAGCCGCCCCGCAGCCUGCGGAGGCCGCACCUCGGAGAGGCAGCAGCUCCAGUGAAGACAGCGACGGUGGGGCGGACGUCGCUAUGGUUACAGCCCGAUCCAUCUUCGAAGGCAGCCGACGAGGCCGUGGAGCAAAAAGCGCAGGAGGCCGAGGAGGCAGGAGAGGAAAGGCACGGCGGAAGAAGUUUUGACUCGACUACGGACAUAAAUCCUUCAAGCGGUUGAAACUUUGUGAGAUCACGUUUGAUCCUUACAAGGGAAACGGGUGAACGAAUGCCUUAAUGAAUUGAACCUUUUUGUAUUAAAGAAUAUGUAUUUUCUUUAUUGUU